AUGUCACUCCUCCGAGUCACUCAGUUCCUGACGGCCGAGGGCAAAGUACAAAUUGAGCUCACCAACACCAGCGGGCGUUCUCAGCACGCGGCGUCGCUGGACCCGUCCGAGCCACCGCAGCAAAGCAGAAACAAAGGGCACCGCGCUCGCUACGUUCCCGACCGAGAUGAUCCGUGCUCACUGAUCGUGUCGCUGCGCGCAUCGCACCCGCAGUUUUUCUACCACCGUGGGCUGCAACACAAACAACUGUUCUCCUCCAGGUCGGUGGCCUCGCCCCUGCGCGGGUCACCUUCUGGAAGUGCCGCCAUUGCCGGGGCUAGUGGCAGUCGUGGGAGCAACAGCAUGCAUCAACGCGGUCCAUCGUCUCUGUGGGGUCUCAAAGCUGUCGAUCCGGUCAUCCAAGACGUGUCACAGGAGACGUGGAGAAGCUUGGGAUUUCUGCCAGUCGCGUCGCCGGCUGCAGAAACGGUGAAGGCAGCAGCACCACAAGUGUCCUCGCCACUCUUGAGACAGAGUAGCAAUAAGGGCGGCGAUGAUGAUCGCCCGCUGCUGGUGCGCGAAGAGCUGGCGGACUGCGUCUUACUCCCUGGUGAACGGCGCACCUUCUUGCUCGAGGUGGAUACUCCGUCGGUGCUGGAACGGCUCAUGGCUCCCGUACCCCGGAAAAAAGUGCCGAUGACAUCGACAGUUUUAUCGCAACCAGAAAAUACAACACGACGAGGCUCGUGGCGCCCCCUGUCUUCCCAAGGCUCGGCCACGGCGCACGCCGGCGGCAACGACGACGAGACGGACGCCUCCUUCCGGAGAGCGCGCGGUGUAACGGGUGAGUUUCACCAAGAUAGGCACGACACCUCUGACACGGACGAGUCGAGCUCCGUCCUGCCCCUGACAGCCCGCCGCCCCGGUGGACAAGACGCCGGGGCGGCUUCUCGUGAUGAGCAACGGCGCCAAGGCCCAGACUAUCGUGGCAGCAUGCACUCAUUCACCCCCUCAGACCAGCUGAACCAGAGGCGGCAACUAUCACGUCAGCGGACACUGCCGUGGAGUCCUGACGACGAGGGUGGCCGCAAGGGUGGUGCAGUGGACCAGGCACCACCCGAGAACAGCCGGCACAACCGACGACCAGUCGGGAAUCUAGACAUUAGCAACACAGAGGACGACGAUGAGCACUCAGCGUCACAACAGCCGCUGAGCAUCAUGCGGGAGAGCAUAGCCACCCGGGAGUCGCUGGAUGCCCGUCUGCCCGCUGCCACCGCUACGGGCGUCCCCAGGCCGGCGCCAUCUGGCAGCGCAGCACGCAACUCUCGACUUGGCAGCCGUGACUACACAGUGCCUACCUCAACUAACUCUACAGCAGCUAGCGUCCUUGUCCCCUCGAACGCUAACAGGGAGGACUCUGGAAGGCUGAGUGUGCCUCCGUCCGUCGGCACUGCUGGCAGUGGUGCCACACCUUCACUCUGCAAUGGUGAGGUGGACAAGACGGCCGAUCUGGCGUAUGGUGACAAGCCCCUUGCGCAACCCUGGUUCCCGCCCGUCUCGUCGUCACAGCGCCCCACCUUUUACGUUUACUACGCACCGCUCGGGGACGAGGACAAGUGUGUUGAUGAGGCACGCCAGUGGCUGCUUAAGGAGCAGCAAGCUUACUAUCUUUGGCUGGACAAACUCGUGCGCAUUAUCGCAGAUCUGGAGCGGAGGCGCGAGCAAGGGUGGACACAGACGCGUGAUAAUACAGUUCAGUCGCCGCAUCAGCCUCUUGGCGCUCGGCGUGUGUUGCCGCCCAUACUCGGGGAGCCUGUCCGGUGGCGAACCGAUGGCGGCGGCGGUGGGACCGCGAUUGACAUGGCGCCGUCUCCCAUCACCGCCGCUACCUUUCAGUACUACUACGGCAGCAUUUCCCUAAAGGUCGUACGUCGGCCCCUCUCACAAGCCAGCAUUGGCGGUAGCAGUGCCCGUUACUCAUGGGUGAUCGGCGGCAACAGCAACGGCAGGGCUGGCGGCGGCAGGGUCGACAAGGAGGUCGUUGUGGAACUGCCGCCGUCCUUCGCGGCGACGCGGCGCAAUCGGGUCAGCAAGAAGGCGCGAAAAAUGUUCAAGGGGGAGCGCCAGGGUGCUGGGACGGUCGUACUGCCGCUUCGGGUGCAACCGCAGUCCGCAAUGCAGCCGCCACCGAAGCCAUUCACCAACGACGCGCCCUCCGUCAGUGUGAUCUCCGCCACCCAGUCGACCCUCUCCUCCUCACGCGCGUCACAAGAGAUGCGCGGCUUUUCAGAGAAGCCUGAGCCGCAGUACGGCAGCAACGUGACCGAUGCGCCGUCGUCGCGGCAGCAGUUGCGGUGGCUGCGUUCUAACAACCCCCUUACCUCACCACAGCAACACACAAUGGAGAACUCCUCCGAACUGGGGGACUAUCGUGGCAGCAGCACGCCUAUGAGUGGGAGCCAACGCGUCGAGACGGGCGGCGUGCGCCCUAACUUCAAAGCGGGAUGUGGCCUGGCGCUCCUUGAGGACUCGGCGUUAAAUCUACCACCGCCUUCCCGCAACUCGUUGGCAGACGGAACGUUCGCACUGCCACCCAAGAAUGACAACACCGGGACGCUGCUGGACUUGAAGCAGGGUUUACUCGUCCCUGGAAGCUCCAAGGUGGGUCGCACAGAAACACUUGACCCUGCCGCAGCGGAGAUGGCAGCGAUGGCCUCUCCCUCGUCCCGCUGGUCGUCGCUCAGCAGCAUCUACCACCAGAUGCACCGAAAGUUCUCCGACUCACCGGUGCAGCCGCAACCGAGGCUGGAGUCCCUUCCCCCCGCCGGAGGCAUGGCCUUCGCGGAGAACCACAUCCCGAGCAGCAGCAGUAGCGCUGAAGGGGGUGACAACGCUACUACCUCGCAUGAUGCAGCGCAGCCGAACUGCAGCAGCUCGUUGCAUCUCUCUAGUGGUGCUCCCGACAACGCCCGCAGCCCCGAAGACUCUACGAGUGUCACGGAUGCCUCGGGUGCCGUGAGCGGCGUGGGACGGUAUGGGAACACCAGCAGCAACGGUGGCCGAAAGAUGUUCUCGCUGCCCAACCUUCAGGGGGCGGCAACCGAUGGUGCUCUUACAACUACGCCGUCGGGAAGCUUCGGGGCGCAGAUCUUUCAGUCCCUCUUGGGUUUCGGCGGCAGCCCCAAGCCCGACGCAGGUGAGGAAGGCAACGCGCCAUCGCGCACGCGCGACAUUUCCUCUGCGCCGCCACAGACGCUGGCGUAUCGCCGUAGCAGCACCGGUGCUGUGAGCACCGGCAGCUUCUUGAUGCGUCGCCAGGAGCGACUGAGCCGGAUUGCCGACCAGUCGAUGAUGGCUGGUAGUCAGGUGAAGAUUGUGAUGCAGCAGCUAACGGCGACAGCGGCUGACCUCGUGCAACAGCACGGUCCACCUGCCAUGAACGGAGUCAUGAGCCUUAUGACCUUCCUCAAGGACAUCGUCUUCACCCCUGAGAACGUGAAUGCGAUGCAGGUAGUGGUGACGCCGAUGCUGAUGGGCUGCUCCUUCCUUGUGAUUGUCUACCUCCUCCUCUUCAGUGGCGAGGGCGGCGGGGACGCCCUCUCGCCAAUGGACAGCGGGGGCCUGUUAUGA